AUGGCUUCCAGCCCACUGCCGGGGCCCAACGACAUCCUGCUGGCGUCGCCGUCGAGUGCCUUCCAGCCCGACGCGCUGAGUCAGCCGCGCCCGGGCCACGCCAACCUCAAACCCAACCAGGUGGGCCAGGUGAUCCUCUACGGCAUUCCCAUCGUGUCGCUGGUGAUCGACGGGCAGGAGCGCCUGUGCCUGGCUCAGAUCUCCAAUACUCUCCUCAAGAACUUCAGCUACAACGAGAUCCACAACCGCCGCGUGGCGCUGGGCAUCACGUGCGUGCAGUGCACUCCGGUGCAGCUGGAGAUCCUGCGGCGCGCGGGGGCCAUGCCCAUCUCAUCGCGCCGCUGCGGCAUGAUCACUAAACGCGAGGCCGAGCGCCUGUGCAAGUCGUUCCUGGGCGAAAACAGGCCGCCCAAGCUGCCAGACAACUUCGCCUUCGACGUAUCGCACGAGUGCGCCUGGGGCUGCCGCGGCAGCUUCAUCCCCGCGCGCUACAACAGCUCGCGCGCCAAGUGCAUCAAAUGCAGCUACUGUAACAUGUACUUCUCGCCCAACAAGUUCAUCUUCCACUCCCACCGCACGCCCGACGCCAAGUACACCCAGCCGGACGCAGCCAACUUCAACUCGUGGCGUCGCCAUCUGAAGCUCACGGACAAAAGCCCCCAGGACGAGCUCGUCUUCGCCUGGGAGGACGUCAAGGCCAUGUUCAACGGCGGCAGCCGCAAGCUAACCGGCGUUGGCGCCGGCGCGGGCGCUGCGGCCGGCGCCAAAGGCCCACGCAGCUACCCCGUCAUCCCGGUGCCCAGCAAGGGCUCGUUCGGGGGUGUGCUGCAGAAGUUCCCGGGCUGCGGGGGGCUUUUCCCGCACCCUUACACCUUCCCGGCCGCGGCCGCCGCCUUUGGCUUAUGCCACAAGAAGGAAGACGCGAGCACCGCCGCUGAGGCCCUGGGGGGCGCGGGCGGUGCGGGCGCGGGGCCCAAAGCCGGCCUGUCGGGCCUCUUCUGGCCCGCGGGCCGCAAGGACGCCUUCUACCCGCCCUUCUGCAUGUUCUGGCCUCCGCGGCUGGCCCCGCAGCCGCACCACCGAGGCCUCCUGUCCCCCGGGGGCACCAGCUGCAGCUACCCCAGCGAGGACAGCUCGGAGGACGAAGACGACGAGGAGGAAGAGCAGGAGGUGGACGUGGAGAGCCACAAAGCCCCCGAGGGCGAGGAGGAGGAGGAGGAGGGUCGGGACCCCGACGACGACGAAGACGACGACGAGGAGACGGGGGUCCUGCUAGGGGACCCCUUGGUCGGGGGCGGCCGGUUUCUCCAGGGCCGAGGGCUGUCGGAGAAGGGGGGCAGCCGGGACCGCGCGCCUCCUGCCGCCGGCGCUUUCCCACUGACCCUGAACUCCUCCAGGCUGCUGCCAGAGGACGGGAAACUGGGGGACCCCGGCGGCUCGGACUUGCCCCCGCCCCCGCCCCCACUCCUGGCCUCCCAGAAAGCGAGCGGCGGCGGGAGCAGCAGCCCCGGCAGCCCGGUCCACCAUCCAUCACUGGAGGAGCAGCCCUCCUACAAAGAUAAUCAGAAAACUAAGGAAAGUAACCAAGUUAUUUUAUCUACAAAAGAUGACAACUUUUCAGAUAAGAACAAGGAGCAUAGCUUUUUCAUCACAGACUCUGACGCUUCCGGAGGAGAUUUUUGGAGAGAAAGAUCAGGUGAGCACACACAAGAAACGAAUUCACCUCAUUCACUCAAAAAGGAUGUAGAAAAUAUGGGGAAAGAAGAACUUCAGAAGGUUUUAUUUGAACAAAUAGAUUUACGGAGACGACUAGAGCAAGAAUUCCAAGUGUUAAAAGGAAAUACAUCUUUCCCAGUAUUCAAUAAUUUUCAGGAUCAAAUGAAAAGGGAACUAGCCUACCGAGAAGAAAUGGUGCAACAGUUACAAAUUAUCCCCUAUGCAGCAAGCUUGAUCAGGAAAGAAAAGCUUGGUGCCCAUCUCAGCAAAAGCUAA